CAGCCCCCGGCCGGCACUGCCCCCGUCCGCUGCAGCUGGCGGGGUCCCUGCGAGAGGAGGCGCGGCCAGCGCGUUCCCUUACGGAGGUGCAUUGCGGGCGUGGCCUGACUCACACAAGCCCCGCGGCUUUGGCUGCAUCCAGCGAGCGUUGCACCCCGAGACAACGGCCGGUCCUGCGCCGAGCUGAACUCCCCCCCGAGUUUGCGGGGAACACGGAGGAUCCGUUUUGCUCCGGGGGGAGCGGAACUGGGCGUAGGCGGUAGUUUGCUUUCCUCUUUCUGCGGCUAAUCGCCUUCCCGGAGAGGAGCGAGGCUUCUACCUCUGCGGGACAAGCAGGACGCGCACAACAUGAAAGUCGAGUUUGCUCCGGUUCACAUUCCCCUGGCCAGGAGACUCCAGACAGCUGCCGUGUUCCAGUGGGUCUUCUCCUUCCUCCUAUUAGCACAAUGUUGCUGUGGAAUCUUUAUCACCUUGUUUUUUGGAAAAUACUGGUUGCUACCUGUCCUCUAUGCAGUGUGGCUCUAUUUUGAUUGGGAGACCCCUCAAACUGGAGGGAGAAGAUCAAAGUGGAUCAGAAAUUGGACUGUUUGGAGGUACUUUAAGGAUUACUUUCCAGUUCACCUCAUAAAAACAUCCGAUUUGGAGCCAAGCCAUAACUAUCUAUUUGGAUUUCACCCUCAUGGCAUUCUUGUUGCUGGAGCCUUUGCAAACUUUUGCACAGAACAUACAGGUUUUAAAGAAUUAUUCCCUGGUUUUACCCCAUAUCUUCACAUCUUGCCCUUGUGGUUCGGAUGCCCUUUCUUCAGAGAUUACGCCAUGAGUGUUGGACUGGUGUCAGCCUCUAAGAAGAGUGUGUCUCAUGUGCUGAACAAUGACAGGGGUGGAAACAUUGCGGUGAUUGUGAUUGGAGGAGCAGAAGAGUCAUUGGAUGCCCAUCCUGGAAAUUUAACUUUGAGUAUCUUCAAGAGGAAAGGUUUUAUUAAAAUGGCUUUGAAAUAUGGGGCUCACUUGGUCCCAGUGUUCUCUUUUGGUGAAAAUGAACUAUUCAAACAAGUUGAAAAUCCCAGAGGAUCAUGGCUCAGAACUUUACAGGAAAGACUGCAAAAGAUUAUGGGUUUUGCCUUGCCAGUGUUUCAUGCUAGAGGAAUAUUUCAGUACAGUUUUGGCUUGAUGCCUUACCGGAAACCUAUUCACACGGUUGUUGGGAAGCCUAUCCCGGUGAAACAGAAUUUAAAUCCCACUCUUGAAGAGAUCGAGCAGCUGCAUCAGACGUACCUGCAAGAACUAAGGACAUUAUUUGAAGAACACAAAGAAAAGUAUGGCAUACCAGACCAUGAAUCUCUCUCCUUUAAAUGAAUGCAAAUUCAGGGAAUCCAGAUAUAAGAAAGUGGCCUUGUGAUGAAACAAAACAUUUCUCAGUCUGCAGCUACUCUUUACAAGAAAACUGUGUAUGCUGGAUUAAAUUGAUAGAAUCUCUUCCUAUCUUCUCAGUCAUGGAAAAUCCUUCUUCAUGUAGGGUCUGGUCCUGCAAACCUGUCUGUAUGAGUGAACCCUUUGGCUUCACUAAAAAUUGUAAGUACUUUUCCCAUGACUGGCUUAGCAGCUAUGUCAGUGAGAAUGCUAAUGGAGAUAGAACAUAGGUGUAAAUUAGACAUAUUGAAAGUGCAAAUGAAGCCGGGAUUUAAAUAUCCCGCGCUUAAUUUGCAUAAUUGUGACCGCCGCUUUUUUCCGAAAUGGGGCUUUUUGGAAAAAAACCCGGCAGUUUAGACAGGGCAUUUUUGACAGAAAUGCCCAAUUUCAAAAGAUCCUGUACUCCUCAUUUUUUGUAAUAAUCUGUUUACAGAAUAUGCCUUGUGAGGUAUCAUUUGAAAAUCCAUAAUUUGCUGAUCAUUAAUAUUCUUCUGUGAUGUAUGUAUGUGGCAGGCAGGCAGUUAUGAUUAUAUGCUGGAAUUAUGACUAAAGUGUGUGUAAACCAAGUAUAUUGGGAGAGUUGUUAAACAUAUCUAUCAGAAACAAAGGAAUGGAUGUUGUCUCAAUGUAUAAGCAAUAAACGGGACCAUCAGGACAUCACGGGGAGGAGAUGGCAAGAAACAGAAUAAUUUGCAUUUCAGCAAACACAAGCAGGGGAAGGAAGACCAUGGAGCUUCCUUCAUUACCAGACUCCAUGUUGCCUUCCUCACAACUUGAAUAAUUUUUACUUUGAGGGGUGAUCUUUGGAAGAAUGCAUUAGAAAAGUUUACUGAAUGGGGACUGAACCUCCUGUGUUAAACAACUGAAUCAAAUAAUUGUAUGCUAUGUUACGGUAUUAUACAGGUUUACAGGUCUUUUCUGAAAUCUAAUGACACAUCAGUGAUUAAUAUAAUUAUGAAGUGUAUGAUUCACGUUGUACAAGAAAAUGUUGCUAUUUAAUGAUAUUAUGUUUUCCUUUCUGUAGCCAAACAGAGAAGAACGAUCUCAGAGGGGUAGCCAUUUUAGUCUAUAUCUGCAAAAACAACAAUGAGUCCUGUGGCACCUUAGAGAUGAACAGAUUUCUUAGGACACAAGCUUGCUGGGUAAAACCCACUUCCCACAUAAGUUUAUGCCCUAAUAAAUCUAUUUGUCUCUAAGGUGCCACAGGACUCCAGGGAGAAAGAGGUUUUCUCCCAGACAGGAGCCCAGGCAGCUAUAUAACAUAAGCACGGUGGAAUCCAAACAGUGGAAGCUCCAUUUACAUACAGGGAGAUGGAAAGCCCACAGGAAGGAAAGAACCUCCUGAGGCUUCCUGCCUCUUGAAGUAAAGUCACUAAACUUGGGGAGAUGUAAGCAAGGACAAAAGUCAUUUUCGGCAUCCAGCACUCAACUGGCACAAGGGAAAAGAGAUCUUGCAGCUGAGAGAGGUGGAUCAUUCAAACAAGAAGGAGUUUUUUUUACCUGAAUAUAGGUGAGAAAUCAUCUUGAGAAAAGUAUUUUGCUGGAUCUUAAACUUUAAGAUGCAUUUUCACUUUUAUUUGCUUGUAACUCUUUCUAAUGUUAUGCCUUUUACUUGGCAUCACUUAACCUAUGUCCUCUUGUUAAUAAACUUAUUUUUAC